AAUUUUUUGGGUAAAUUUUCCUGAGUUGUAUCUGUCAGGCUAGAAAUACAGCAAACGCUUAAAAAAAUCCCUAGCCUUCGGCCAGAAAGUACGCAUGGUAGUAGAAAUUUUAAAAAAUGUGACGUAGUUUAAAUAAUUUGGAAAUUAUAAUUUAUAUCUUGAAUCUGUUGAUCAUGGAAAAUAUAAAAAGGAAAGGAAGUCGAACCUGAAAGUCCAACCGUAGGGGGAAAAAAACCACGGUUUCCCAAAUCCCAGUUACUAGGCAACGCUAAAAGCAAGAUGGCGGAAACUUAAUGGCCAUUACAACAAUAUCAGUGCUAUCUAAAAAAAAAAAAUACAUUUAUAGACAAAGAAUAUUUCAUUGUAAAAAGAUAUAAACGCGGCUUGUUGUGUGAACCCAAAGCGUUUUGUAGUCAAGAUGGAGGAUGAGGACACGACACUGGCUUUGCUCAAGUACUACUCAUAUGAGAAGUACUUUAACCAUGUUGUCAACGCUGCCACAACUGCUCAAGUAAAACAUGGCAGGGAUCCCAUCUUUACUUUCUUCCACGCAUAUGGAAAUCUUUUACAAGAUCAAAUCCAAGAAGCCACAGCAGAACUGGACACAAUAAGAGAUGAUAGAGAUCUGUCUCUUUGUGUAUUAAUGGCCCUUGUUUACGCAGAGAAAAGAAAGUCAAACCCAGAUCGAGACGUUAUACAAGAACUUGACGCGAAGAUUAAAGAGGAUCGUAAAAGUGCACCUACCAAGAGUCUGUAUCAUGCUGGGACCUUUCUCUGGCUGUUGGGGCGAAAUGAUAAAGCAAGGGAGUACACAGAGAGGAUGAUCAAACUCUCCAAUGGCGCUAGAGAAGGCCUGGUCCUAAAAGCUUGGAUAGAUGUUACUUCUGGGAAAGAUGCCUAUGCCAGAAAGGCUGGGAAGUACUUUGAUGAGGGCCUGAAAGAGAAAGCAGAUGUUUUUGCUUUAAUGGGGAAGGCACAGUACUAUGAAUAUCGUCAGAACUACUCCGGAGCAUUAGAAAUUGUUAACCAAAUCAUAGCAAGUUUUUCUGAGUUCUUACCGGCUCUUAUUAAGAAAAUGAAACUCCUGCUAAGCCUUCAAGACUGGGACCAAACUGUAGAUGCAGCACACAGUGUGGACGCACCUCCUACUCCUGGCCAGCCUCCUAUUUCUCAGCACUGUGCCACAUUGUUGGACACUGUGGUCAAAAUUGUGCCGGGUCUCCUCCAAGCAGUCUUUCUGCUCGCCCAAGUCAGAUUUCAAUCUGGUGACAUAGAUGCUGCUCAGAACAGUCUGAACCACUGCCUGGACCAGUGUCCAUCUUAUGCAGAGGCUCAUCUGUUAAUGGCCCAGAUCCAUCUGCUGCAGGAUAACGUGACGCUGUGCAAUCAGUCGCUCGAGCUCUGUCUCAGUCACAACUUUGAGAUCCGAGAUCACCCUUUGUACCACCUGAUCAAAGCUCAAGCUAAGAAGAAACAGGGUGAGCUUGCUGAGGCUAUUCAGACAUUGCAGAUGGCCAUGAGUCUUUCAAGUGUCCGUAGAGCAGGUUCCUCCAAAUCAAAGCACAAGAAGAUGGAACUGAGCUCCGCUGAUUCUGUAUCUGUCUUCUUGGAGUUAGCUGAGGCACUGUGGCUCAACGGGGAACAGCAUCAAGCAGCAAAGGUGAUGCAGGACGCCAUCAAUGAGUUCUCUGGAACGCCUGAAGAACUACGUGUCACCAUUGCUAAUGCGGACCUGGCUCUGUUGCGUGGGGACACGGAGCUGGCGCUGAGUUUGCUGAGAAACAUUACCCCCGAGCAGCCCUAUUACAUCCAAGCCAAAGAGAAAAUGGCAGACAUAUACCUGAAACACAGACGAGAAAAACUGCUGUACGCGAGCUGUUACAGAGAAAUGGUAGAGAAGCUGCCCAGCCCUCACACAUACCUCCUGCUCGGUGACGCCUACAUGAACAUUCAAGAGCCAGAAAAAGCCAUUGAGGUUUACGAACAGGCUCUGGAGAAAAACGCCAAAGAUGGAGCUUUAGCCAGUAAAAUUGGGAAAGCCCUGGUCAAGACUCAUAACUUCAACAAGGCAAUUAGUUAUUAUGAGGUAGCACUGAAGACAGAACAACAGAACUUCCUGCGUUAUGACCUGGCGGAGCUGCUGAUGAAGAUGAAACAAUACGAGCGAUGUGAAAAAGUCCUGCAGGAAGCUCUGGCUCUUGAACCAGCUAAUGAACUGCAUGCACUAUCAGAUAACUGCCGUUAUCUGGUCCUGUUGGCAAAAAUUCAAAACAAAGUUGAAAAAAAUGAAGAAGCUUUACGUUCUCUGGAAAAAGCUCGAACUGUGCAAGCCAAGGUGCUGAAGCUCGUGCAGUUGGAGCAGCCUGAUGCCGUCCCUGCGCAGAAGCAACUUGCUGCUGAGAUCUGUGCCGAGAUCGCCAAACACUACACAAGUCAGAAGGGCUAUGAGAGAGCAGUCAAAUUCUACAAAGAAGCUCUUGUGUAUUGUGAGACGGAUCGCAAGGUGAUGCUGGAGUUGGCACAGCUGUACCUUACUCUAGAUGAGAUUGAUGCAUGCAAGGACCAGUGCAGCAAAAUCUUGAAGAAUGAUGAGUUUAAUGAAGAAGCAACUCUGAUGAUGGCAGAAAUACAUUUUCGGAAGCAAGACUACGCCAUGGCCGUUUCAGAUUUUGCAGACCUCCUAAAGCACAAACCAGACAACUACCCAACUCUGUCACGUUUUAUUGAUUUGUCGAGGAGAGCUGGCAAGUUAGAAGAAGUACCCAAAUCUCUGUCAGGUGCUGAGAAACAUUCUUCCAGGGCUAAGUUUGACCCUGGGUUUAACUACUGCAAAGGGCUUUACCUGUGGUACACGGGAGAACCUAAUGAUGCUCUUCGACAUUUUAAUAAGGCUCGGAAAGACAACGACUGGGGACAAAACGCCGUGUACAACAUGAUUGAAAUCUACCUAAAUCCUGACAAUGAUACAAUCGGAGGAGAAGUGUUUGAGAAUUUAGAUGGUGAAAUGGGCAACUCCACAGAGAAGCAAGAGUCAGAGCAGCUUGCUGUGAGAACAGCAGAGAAGCUGCUCAAGGAGAUAAAGCCUCAGACGCCGGGCGGACAUGUACAACUCCGCAUCCUGGAGAACUACUGCUUGCUUGCUACUAAACAGAAGGCCAAUAUAGAGAAAGCACUUAAUGUUUUCACAGAGAUUGCAAACAAUGAGAAAGACCACGUCCCAGCUUUGUUGGCUAUGGCCACAGCUUACAUGAUGCUGAAACAAACUCCCCGAGCCAGGAACCAGCUCAAACGCGUUGCGAAGAUGAACUGGAACACUGCUGAUGCCGAUGAGUUUGAGAAGAGCUGGCUCCUCCUGGCAGACAUAUACAUUCAUUCAGGGAAGUAUGACAUGGCUGGGGACCUUCUGAAAAGAUGUCUCAAUCACAACAAGUCAUGCUGCAAAGCCUAUGAAUAUCAGGGAUACAUAAUGGAAAAAGACCAGGCAUUCCGUGAUGCAGCUCUCAGCUAUGAACUGGCUUGGAAAUAUGGAAAUCAGACUAACCCAACUAUUGGAUACAAGCUCGCUUUUAACCACUUGAAAUCAAAGAGACAUGUCCAUACCAUAGAUGUGUGCCACAAGGUUCUUGCUGCAUAUCCAAAUUAUCCCAAAAUGAAAAAAGAGAUUCUGGACAAAGCUCGUGCUACCUUGAGAUCAUAAUGCCGGACAUAUGUGCACGUGUGUACGA